UUCCUGUUAGUCAAGCUUUUGGAUUGUUAUAAAGUGACAUAUAAACCAUACCAAAACCUCCAGCCAAUAAUGUCUCAUCCACCCAGGAAAGAGCAAGAAGAAAUGAUUGGGUUUGAAGAAAUGCAGCAAAAAUUUUUGGAGCCUGGUGAAAAUUCUUUAGAAAAUAUGCAAUUAUGCAGCUUCAAGUUCUUAAUAAAGCAAAAGAGAGGCGACUAACUGAUUGUGUGAGAAGCUAGAAGAGGGUGAACGACAAAUUAGAUAUCUGAAUCACCAGCUUGUGAUGUUAAAAGAUGAAAAGGACGGCUUGGCACUCAGUCUUCAAGAAUCACAGAACCUCCUUCAGAAAGGAAAAGAGAAAGAGAUACAGCUUGAAGGGCAAAUAAAAGCACUUGAAAACCCAAAUUCAAACAUUAAAAGCCAAUGAAGAACAGAUGAUUAAGAAAACUAGAGUAAGUGAGGUGGCCAUGGAAAACCUAAGGCAGCAGCUGUUAGAGCUUCGUCAUUCUGACUCUCUACAGCGAACUAAAGAGCAACAUGAGAAUAUUGUUUUAUGCCUCAGAAAGAAGUAUGAAGACCAAGUGACAACUUUACAAAAGAAUUUGGAUGCUACAAAUGCUGUACUUCAAGAGCAGAAAGACAUUUGUUGUCGUCUACAAGAUCAUGUGAAACAAGUAGAAAGAUCACAGGAAGAAAACAAGAUAGAAAAAACAGAAAUAAUCAACAGAUUAACAAAGAGUCUGGAGGAGAGUCAAAAACAGUGUGCUAACUUGCUGGAAACAGGAUCAGUACAAGAGAUAAAUCAAUUAAAGCUCCAGCUUCAGCAAGCCCAGAGUGCACAUACUCUGAGCGACAACAUGAACAGGGCUUUACAAGAAGAAUUAGCAGAAUUGAAAGAGGAAAUUUCUCUCUAUGAAUCUGCUGCAAAAUUGGGAGUAUUUCCAAAUGAUGUAGAUGAAGAAUUGAAUGUAGACCUUACUGAAUCAUAUGUGGAUUUGGGUAUUAAAAAAGUCAACUGGAAAAAAUCAAAAAUUCACAGUACUAUGCAGAAACCAGACCCAAAUGAAGAGCCUUCCAAAGAUGAAGUCAUCUCGAGGUUGAAAUCUGAAUUGCAACGUUUACUGACCAGCAACACAGUGAAGCGCCGCCUGGUUUCUCAGUUACAAAAUGAUCUCAAAGAUUGUCAUAGAAAACUAGAAGAUCUCAGUCAGCUGAAAAAAUCUCAAGAAAAAUGUGAAUUUGAGACUAAAACAAUCAAUGUGGAAAAAUCACCUAAUCGAUUAUGGCAUGACUCUUCUGUUUAUGAUAAAACAGUCAAAGAAGAUAUUCUACGACUUAAAAGUGAAAUCCAAACUUUACAACAGGAAAAUGAGGAACUUAAAGCAACUGAAGAAAAACUAAAAAAUACAAACCAGGAUUUAUGUAGCCAAAUGAGACAAAUGGUGCAAGAUUUUGACCGUGAUAAACAAGAAACAGUGGAUAGGUGUGAGAGAACUUUUCAACAGCACCAUGAGGCUAUGAAGAACCAAAUACGUGAGAGCCUUUUAGCAAAGCAUGCUUUAGAAAAACAACAGCUCUUUGAAGUUUAUGAAUCAAAUCGUUUGCAACUUAGAGCUGACUUAGAUAAGGUGAAUAAAGAGAUGGCAGCUGUACAAGAGUGCUACCUGUCAGUUUGCAAAGAAAAAGACAACCUGGAGGCCACCAUAAGGAAGUCUGUUGAGAAAGAGCAGCAGACUAAGGAAGAGAUGCUCAAGAAACAACUUUUAGAAGAAAAGGAGGAGGAUCUAAGCAAACUCAAGGUAGACCUUGAAGAAAAACUCAAAUGCACCAUUACGGCAGCAAAGAGCCAGUGGCUGAAAGAAAAAGAAACUGAUGUUAAACAGAAAAUUGAAAAUGAAGUAAUCUUAGCCAAAACGCAGUGGGAGAACGAACAGAAAGAGAUCAAAGACAAAGUUAUUCAGCAGUUAGAAAGGGAGUGGCGGUUUAAACUGGAUCAAACUAUAAAAGAAAUGAAAAAGAAGACUUUUGAUUGUGGCAUCCAGACUGACCAAAUAAUCACCCCAGAUGUAAUUUCCAAGAAAGAGAUGGAAGCAAUGAUUGAAGAGCAGCAGUUGAAGAUUCGGCAAGAUGUGCUGCAAGAGAAGGAAAUGGCCAUUAAAGAGGCUCUGAAAAAACGAGAAAAAGAGAUGGAGGCCCAAUACCAUGAAAAUAUUACCAAACAGGUAGAAGUGGCUGUGUUAAAUGCUCGUUCCCGAUGGCUGCAAGAGCUUCCAGAGCUUGCAGAGUACAGAGCCAACCUAAAAGCUGAACAGAUGAAAUGGGAGGCUGAACAUGAGGUUUCUGUGGCCAAAAAGGUAUCACUUGCAGUUUUGGAAGCUAAGGAGAAAUGGAAGACAGAGCUUGGAAACAGUGAAGAAAAUGUCAAAGAACUUGAAGCAAAGAUUUUUUCUCUCCAGAGGGAACUAGAGUUAAAAGAGGAAGAAAUCCCUGUAAUUGUCCGAGCUAAAUUAGCUAAGUCCCGAAGUGAUUGGAACAAAGAAAAGCAAGAAGAAAUCCAUAGAAUUCAAGAACAAAAUGAGAAAGAUUACCGGAAAUUUUUAGAUGAUCAUCGAAAUAAAAUUAAUGAAGUGCUUGCAGCAGCAAAGGAAGAUUUUAUGAAACAAAAAACUGAGCUAAUUCUUCAGAAGGAAGCUGAAUUACAGGCAUGUCUAGAACAGAAACAGAGAGAAUGGACAAUUCAGGAAGGCAAGCAGAUCCAGAUGGAGAUUCACCAGUAUGAGGAGGAUGUUCUGACUGAAAUUGAGCUUCUUGUAGAGGAAAUUUAUGAAGAGCUCAGUGGAAUUGAAAACAAACAUCUUUCAAAAACCAAAUCUCUUUGUUCUCCAAGACGACUAAAUACUCAAUAUUUGGAAAAACUAAGGGCCUGCAUACAGAUGGCUUUUAGAGGUGCACUGUACCGACUUCUAGAAAAUAGUAAUCCUGAAUGGAAAACGAAAAAUGAAGUUGUCAUGAUCUCAGACACAAAGGAAACUGGAGACCAAGCAAGCCUUCCUGUUUACCAUGUUGGACACCAAAUGCAACUACAAAAAAUACUGAAACAACAGAGCUUCUCACAUGGAAAAGCAGCAGAGACUGUUUUUCAGUGUAGGAAAAUAAUCUUUGAACCUCGAGAAGAUUCUUGCUGUGAACGAUGCCUCCACAAGCUUGAGAAAGCAAAGCAGGAGUGUCAAGAUUUGAAAAAAAUGUUAGAGAAAUCAUGCAGGCAUCUCCAGCAUGCAGUAAGAGAACACAAAGCUACAGUGGAGAAAAUUGGAGAAGAAAACAAUAGAGUUGUUGAAGAAUUAAUGGAAGAAAACAAUGAGAUGAAGAUGAAACUGGAAGAACUGAGAGCACUUAGCAUACCACCAAGAUCAUUUUCAGAAGGUGCUGUUGACCAUAGCUGCCUGAUAUGCAGUGGAAAGGGCUUGGAAGAACUUCGUGGACAUUACAUUAAAGCUGUAAAAAAAAUUAAGAGUGAUAUGAUUCGGUAUAUACAGGGAAGUAAAGAAAGAGCAGCUGAGUUGCUAAAAGCAGAACUACUUAAAGAACGUCAAGAGACUGCUCGGAGGAUGCGCAAAUACUACCUGGUUUGCCUGAACCAGCUUUUGCAGGAUGAUGGAAGACAGGAAGGGGCUGAGAAAAAGAUCAUGAAUGCUGCUAGCAAGCUUGCUACAAUGGCUAACGUACUGGAAACGCCUAUUGUUAAUAGAGCCCAGGUCAAAAAUUCACCAUCAGCAGUGCCUCGAUCAUCUGAGCUACUGCCUGGAAUUGAACAGUCAAAAAGAAAUUACAUGAAUCAGACCAGAGGAAGCCAUAUGGAAAACAAAUCAAGCAGCAGGAAUAAUAUGAUCAAGGCAGGCAGCGAACAAGUCCUUCAGAAGCGUUUACCUUGUAACUUAAGACAACGGUUAGAAGAUACAGAACACAUGGAAACAAAGCAUGUUGCUUUCAGGGAAGCACCUUCAGGCAUUCUGGGCAGUGUGACUGCAUGCAAACAGCAAGAUGAUUUGCCAAGAAAUAUGCAUCCUGAAUUUGUUCCUGGUGAAGGUGGAAGAAGCAAAAUUGGCCCUCAUGUGCAGUUUGAAAACACACACACAUUGAUCCAGGCUCCUGGCCUUUCUGACUCAGGAUCUAGUCAUGUAACAUUUCAGGGUCUGAAAGAAAAACGCAUUUUAAAAGAACGUAAAUGCAAUUCACGAACCGAGUGUUGUCAACAGGUCAUAGCUGAGAAAAGUUCGAAUUUUGAUAUUCAGGAAACUCCAGUAAAAGAUGAAGAAGGUCCCAGUGACUCCCUUGACUGGAGUUCAAAAAGUGUAACUUCCGAAGGCAUAAAUAGCAGUGACACAUCAUUUUUACUUCCUUUGCAACAAGGGAUCCUGGAUAAACAAAUAGAAUCAGUUUCUUUCAUGCAGAUUCCAAUAAAUACUUGCCUUUCUGAUGCAGAGAACAAAGCCAAUAAACUUUGUAGACAGUUCUUAUGUCAAAAUGAUCAUAUUCCUGUUGUCAAAAAAGAAGACAAACGAACCCAGACAGAGCAGGUAAAUAAGCCUCCUGGGCAUGUAUCUCACCACAACUCUGAUGUACUGAAAUCAGACUGCAAAAAACUGAGCAGUGCAGUUCAUUCUUCAGCAUAUCAUCAGCAUUCAAGAAAAUUGUUAUUGGCUCCCCAAACUAGUCAACAGGAUAGUGGCUUUGAUAGCCCAAUGGCCAAUCUAGAUUAAUUGUUGUACAAUGUUUAAGAAGAUUCACUAAUAUAUUUAGAAGAGAACUGAAAGGGAAAAUUUGUACUGAAAAAAAAAUGUGAGCUCUGUCUAUUUUAGGAUAUUUUAAUAACAUCUGACUGUUACAUGAGUAAAGUAAUCUCAUAAAAUAACUUGAAAUAUUUAUGUUGCCUUAAUCUUCCAAAUUUUAUGGUAUGUUUUGGUCUUUUUAUGUAGUGUUUCUUUUUGAUUGCUAAACAGAAUCUAUUUUUAUACCUAUAAAUUAGUUUGCUAU